AAUGCGCAUGUGCAAUGCCAACCAACUUCCGCUGUUGCUUUUCCAGUGGGUGUUUAUGGAGCGUGUUUUAUUUUGGUGGAGGUUUAAAUGUGCUGAGGAGGUCCAUGUAAAAUUGAUUUAAAAUAAUUAAUUGCGAAGAUCUCGGGAUGAUUGAGGUGGUGGCAAAACUCCUUCGGGGCCCGGUGUUUCUGACCGGCGAAGUAAUGGAGUGUGUUAUAACUUUCACCAAUCCCAUGACUGCCCGCUCCACCUCGGCCAGCAGUGAGAUGUUGGCAUGGGCAAGUGCUCAGAUACAUUGCCAGUUUCAUACCAGUGAAAGUCGUGUUGCACUACCACCCUCUGAAGAUACAAAGCAUGAUGUGCAGGCGGAGAAUGAAACAGUCUUUGUUCCAAACAGAGGUGAGCGAGGGAAAUGUAUUCUAGCUACUCCACCCAAGAUACUGUUCUGUGAUUUGCGACUUGAUCCUGGUGAAUCAAAAUCCUGUAAGUGCUUAAUUAAAAACUGA